AUGAUACCAACCAAAUCGGGACGUGUUGUCUUUUGGAGGUCUGAGAGGCAUCUUGUAAGUUUUUAUCACCGAUUUAUUCCGAUUUUAGGCCGUGCGCAAGUAUUUCGAUGAAGGCGAGUCCAUUUACUACCUUGGAAAAUGCAUUGUAAAGCUUGCCGCUUUGCCGGAUCUCAACAAACAUUCUGCAGAAAUUAUAACCACCACCAACUUGGGAAAGGAGCUCCAAAUCAAGGAUGAAGAUUGGACGUAAGUGGUCUAGUAUAAUAUGAGUGAAUGUUAUCUCGAUUUUUGUGGUAAGAGUAUUUUAUUUUGCGUUUUCAGACCUCCCAGUGGAUCCCAAUGUCGUCACACAAAUCGACUUCAUCAACCAAGUGAAUGCGGUCAGAAACAAACUGUUGAAAUCUAGUCAAUAAAGGUUUAUAUAAAAAAUUGAAGGAAUAUUGUGCGUAUUGUUAUGAAAAUUGUCUUUAAAGUAGUACAGGGUGUUCCAGAAAGGCAGUAAACAUAGUUUGUCCAUCAUAUUCAUUAGAAUUUCCCUGCAAAAACGUUGAAAUUCCGAUCUUACACUAGAAUUCAUACCUAAAAUAAUGUUUUGGCCAUAAAUGAGCGAAAAAUCAAUUUAAACUGUCAAAUUCUGCAUGAAAAUAGAAAAUAUGUGCCUAAAUCUCGUAACUAGCCGAACUUGCCAUCAUUUUGACGAAUUUCCGCCUGCACGAGUACCUUGGCUGUGCCCCGCCACGAAAACCCAGAACGCCAAGCUCUCCACGGCAAUUAUAACGAAUAUCAUCAUUAUGCAUCAUUGUUGCGUGGCCUCGCGCGCGCGCGUACAAUUUGCCGUUUGUUGCGACACGUGGACAAUGCCAUUCUCACGGCCGUUCAUUCUGACGUGGACAUCAACAUCACCUCCAAACUCGGAUAUUAUCGCCCGAUUUGCCGUCAAAAAGUCCCCGAUCGUUUUGAUAUGAGGCCUCAUCUCGAGGUAAGCUUGCUUUUUUAUUUGUUGUUUUCCGUAUUUAGGUCCAAAACUGACAAUUUUUUUGUUGAUGUUGUACUCGACAUCAGCAAGAUUCAGAACGGGGUGAAUUCUUGCUGUAAAUUGAAAGUUUCUUGAUUAUUUUUUGUCCACGAGCUUCUUUCUUGGGUCAUAGAGGCGUUUUAUGCGGUCUUUACAAUUACAUUUGAUGUUCUUCAUGUUAUACUUGGUUUUAUUUACCGAUUUCUUCGUUUCAGAUUGGAACUUGGAUUUCUAUCAGCAAGUCCUUCUGGAAUGGGACAUCCUGGCAUGAGGAAGCUCCACGAACUUCACAAUGUUAUCCCGAGGUUGCCCGGUCUCCACGUCACUUACUCUUUUCAAAUGCAAACUGCCCUGUAAAGAACAAACCUUGUUUGGACUUUGACAUUGGUCAUCUACAAUUUUCCUUGUUGUUGGAUCAGAGAUUUCUAUGCGGUAAGAGCUUUUUACCUUGUUUUACAUUAUUUUAGGUAGGAAUAAUAGAAAAUUUGAUAAAUUUUACUAUUUUCUUUGAUUUCAGAGCUCCAAAUGAUCUCUCGUCAAUGGUAUUGCUUCGUGUCAUGA